CUUCAUCAAAUCUUAAGUUCCUUGUAUGCAUCGUCCAUCUAGAACACCUAUAUAUACAAAUCUUCUCACCAACCCUCAUUCCUCACCAGUUUCCCAUUGUCUUUCUGAAGAAUGCGUUCGUUUCGCUUCUUUUCUAUUCAGAAAAGAUGUGCCUAGCGUUUCAUCCAAAUUGAAGAGCUUGCAUGGUUUCAUAUCAUUAGAGAUGGAGAACUCCAUUGGUGUCGGAUUCAUGGCGGUUUUCGCUGUUUCCGGGAGCGUUGUUCUUUUUGCUCAUCAAUUCAACAAGCGUCUGCUCUCUCAUUUCAUGAAGGAUAUUGAGUUUGAAUUGGGUGGCUUGCUAUAUAAUCAUCACCAUCAUCACCACAAGAAAUUGAGUGGGCCUGAGAAAAUCCAACAGUGCAAGAAGACGGUUCGAUUUGCAGAUGAUGUUGCAGAACCUUCAUCAAACAACAAAGAGUAUCGAAAGAGGCGGAUGACGAAGCAGCAUACCAAUGAUAGCCGUGGUUACCAGACUGAGAGCACCAUGCCACUCAACAGGCAAGCUCUUUACAAAGGGAUCAUUGAUUUCAAGACCCUCAAGGGUCAGGAUGUAUAUUAACUUAAAAUUGCAAACUCAUUUCAUGCUUUUGUUAAGAAGAGGAAAAAGAGUUGCCUACUCUCUAUUGGUGUAUAUACCAGGUCACUCACAUUCACUGAUCAUUCAUACGAGAGACUUGUAGUAUACUACUAGGUAGGUAAUCACGGUUUUCUUCGAGUUUUGUUGUUUGUAAGUACAUUGUGUUUUU